AUGUCUUCAAUCAAACUCAUCACCCUUCAUGCUCAUAGCAGCGGGCCAAACCCAUGGAAGGUCGUAAUAAUUCUUGAGGAAUUGAAGUUGCCAUACACUCUUGUUCACGAGACAUUCUCUUCUAUCAAAUCAGCCCCGUACACUGACAUAAACCCAAAUGGCCGUGUACCUGCGAUUCAUGACCCAAAUACUGGCCUCACGCUGUGGGAAUCUGGUGCCAUCAUCGAAUACCUUGUCGAAAGCUAUGAUAUCGAACAGAAGAUUUCUCAUGGCCUCCAAAGUCCGCAAAAGUGGCUGGAGAAGCAAUAUCUGUACUUUCAAGUCUCGGGCCAAGGUCCGUAUUUCGGUCAAUAUACUUGGUUUGCAAGGUUUCAUCAUGAACAGCUACCCUCUGCAAAGGAGCGCUAUUUGAACGAGAUCAAGCGUGUUAUUGGCGUGUUGAACAAGAUACUCGAAGGCAGAAAUUAUCUGGUGGGAGAAAAGGCAACUUAUGCCGACUUGAGCUUCAUCACUUGGGCUUUGAUCGGACAGAAUGCAGUGGAAUCUGCAGGUGUCGAUCUAGAGAAAGAAGCUCCUAAUUACACGGGUUGGAUAAAGCGUCUUCUAGACCGCCCUGCGGUAAAGAAAGCACUAGAAGAGAAAGAAAAGGCCUCUUCUACACCUACUCAUUGA